GCAGUCAAGCGGCCCAUCUAAGCCCACCACAGCACCGGACGAGGCCCCAAGCCCCCCCAACUUCCCAAGCGUGCGCGCAACCCGCACCCACCGACGACGACUGGGCCGGCCGUCGCUGCCGCCCGGCUUCGCCACCUUCGCCGGCGACGAGCACCACCAGGUGUUGUUGAGUUUCUGUUGCGAGUGUUGUAGCCAUGUCCAUGUUCAAUAGGAUCUUCGGGAAGCCCAAGGAGCAGGCCAACUCCAAUGCUUUGGCUACUCUGGACAAGUUAAAUGAGACACUUGAUAUGCUCGAGAAGAAAGAAAAGGUGCUGGAGAAGAAAGCAGCCGCUGAGCUUGAGAGAGCCAAGGAGUUCUCAAAAGCAAAGAAUAAAAGAGCGGCUAUCCAAGCCUUGAAGAGGAAAAAACUUUAUGAGCAACAAAUUGAGCAGCUUGGAAAUUUUCAGUUGAGAAUCCAUGAUCAGAUGAUCAUGUUAGAAGCAGCUAAAGCUACAACAGAGACUGUUGAUGCAUUGAGAACUGGAGCUGCUGCUAUGAAAGCAAUGCAAAAGGCGACAAACAUUGAUGAUGUCGACAAGACCAUGGAUGAAAUUAACGAACAGACUGAAAAUAUGAAACAAAUUCAGGAUGCUUUGUCAGCUCCUCUUGGAGCUGCUGCUGAUUUUGACGAGGAUGAACUGGAGGCGGAACUUGAAGAACUGGAGGGAGCAGAGUUGGAAUCUCAGCUUCUGGAGCCUGUUGCAGCUCCUCCGAUGCAUCCAGUGCAUGUACCAGCCAACAAGCAACCAGCUCGCCCUGCUCCACAGAAAGCUACAGCUGAAGAUGAUGAGCUUGCUGCACUGCAAGCGGAAAUGGCAUUGUGAUCAGAAAAAAGAGUGACAGGUAGUAAUUUAGAUCUGCUGGUAGAUACUUGCCCGAGAAAGAAGUUCAGCAGGUCAAAUGUGCCAAUUUGAAGCUGCUUACAGCUAUUCAAGCAUCCCUCAUUCUUUUUAGAUGGUUUGCUUGGAACAUGUAAUCAUCAUGACAGUUUUCUGUCUACUAGAUACACUUUUCAGAUUUAGAAAGGGGCAUAGGUUUUUUCACUUAUCCAUCCAGUUGUUGUCCAAUAUUAGCUCCUGAGAAUUGGAAUGUGAAUUUUGUCUGGCCCAUUGUUGAUGUUUGAAGUUACUAAUAGGCUGGCAACCUAGUUUCAUAUGAGUUGAACUGUGGCUGAAGAACUUGUUGCAACCACAUUAAGUUUACCUUCAUUUUCUUUUGGCAUA